UAGUGCUUGUUGCUGCUACUGUGGCUGUUUAUGUCAAACUGAGUGUUCUGCUUCUGGUGCUGGUUGUGUUAUUUCUUCGUACAGUAUCAUUGUGCUAAUUCCAUUGAUGUUAAUUCUUUGUUUAUUGGUACAUGCGAAUGAUUUCAAGUGUUUGAUGUUUUAUAAAAUUAACAAUGUUAUUUUAACAAAACAGUGAAUAUUAAUUGCGAAUGAAAACCAGUUUCAAUUUUGUGUGGUGAGCGGAAUAUCUCGAUUAGCAGUAAGUAGCUAAGUAGGUGAUAAGCUGCCGAAUCCUGAAAUCAAAUAUGGAAAUUACAGUACAUUGCUAAUGGGACUUUUGAAAGCGUAUGUUAUGUACUGUUAUGGCAUCAUGCCUAAACAAUAGAAGUGUUAUGGCGGCUUUAGGAUAAACUGUGUCAACAUAAUCGAUAUGUGGUUUAGAAUUGGUGUGGCCCUUACCCUGAUCGGCUCGGCUAUUGCUUUGCUCGAAGGACCCAAUGUCUGCAUCAAACAGCAAGCAUAUGUAACAACUAUCAGGGUAUCAGAGAAUCAGCCGUAUCAAGUAAAAGAGUCGAAAUGGUGUUUCAAUUUCCCACCGCGAUGUUCGAAGUACAAAAUACAGUUUCGGACAGUGUUCAAAAAUCAGACUUUGAUAAAACAUCGUCCGGUGGAGGAAUGCUGCGAAGGAUACGCGCCAGAUGAGAUGGGCGAGCAUUGCGUGCCUGUGUGCGAGGAGACGUGUGUACACGGCGCGUGCGUCGCGCCUAAUACGUGUGCGUGCAAUCACGGAUAUGGGGGACCAGCGUGUGAUAUUUCAUGUCCUCAAGGGCGCUGGGGUCGUCACUGUCAGAACACGUGCCACUGCCUCAACGGGGGUACCUGUGAGCCUUUGACCGGGCAAUGCUCGUGUACGGCCGGAUGGCGCGGCGACUCCUGCGAGCACUCGUGCCCGCAUCCCAACUUCGGGGACAACUGCCAGGAGGUGUGCCAGUGCAGGAACGGCGCCGCCUGCCAUCCUGCCACGGGCGCCUGCACUUGCAAACCGGGAUUUACUGGACCUCUAUGUGAAAAGGAGUGCGAGGAAGAUGAGCCCUGUCCCCAGGGGUGCCGCUGCCAGAACGACGGCGUUUGCAAUGCUUUCGGGGUGUGCCGGUGCUCCCCGGGCUGGACCGGGGAAGUUUGUGCCAACAGAUGUCCAACUGGCAAAUGGGGUGAAGAAUGCCAAAGGACGUGUGAGUGUGCAAACGGCGCCGGGUGUCAUCACGUGACUGGCCGCUGUCAGUGCGAGGCGGGCUUCACUGGAGAAAAGUGCAUCGAAGAGUGCCCAGUGGGUACGUACGGCGUGGACUGUUUGGGCAAAUGUUCGUGUCAAAACCGCGGCGAAUGUUCGUCGCGCAAUGGCUCUUGUACGUGCAAACCCGGGUGGCGAGGCGAGUGGUGCGAACUCCGUGCAUGCCCGGAUGGAAAAUGGGGGCCUAACUGUUUGCAAGAUUGCAAGUGUAGCCCUUCUACCACGGAAAUCUGCGAUCCGUGGACGGGCGCGUGCGAAUGUUUGCCGGGUUGGAGCGGAGAGGAGUGUCUGCGACAAUGUCCGCUGCUGACUUACGGCAAGGGCUGCCGGAAUACCUGCCGCUGUGAAAAUUCCGCGCACUGUUCGCCUGUUAACGGAUCAUGUCUAUGCGCGCCUGGCUUCCGCGGCAUUCGCUGCGAGGAGACUUGCGAGGACGGGUACUACGGCGACAACUGCCAGGACAAGUGCGAGUGCUACAACAACGCUACUUGCUCGUCCGAGACUGGCCAGUGCCACUGCACACCCGGAUACGACGGUUUGAAAUGUGACAGACCCUGCGAUGGAAAGAAAUUUGGACCAAAUUGUCUUCAACCUUGCAACUGUGAAAAUGACGCACCUUGUAAUCCUGUUACCGGCGAGUGCGUGUGCCCGGCCGGGUUCACGGGCGCGCGCUGCACGCGACGCUGCGCGGCCGGCACGUUCGGCGCCAACUGCAGCUCGCAGUGCAACUGCACGCAGCGCGCGCUCUCCUGCCACCACGUCACCGGGCAAUGCAUCUGCGACACCAACUGGAGAGGUCUACCUAUGACGUUUGGUGUCAGAUGCGAGACACAAUGUCCGGACGGUUACUACGGCGUGGACUGUAGUUCGCGGUGCCAGUGCUUCAACAACUCGUCGUGCGAGGCGGGCAGCGGGCGCUGCGUGUGCGCCGCGGGCUGGGCCGGGCCCGACUGCCGCCGGCCUUGCCCGUCCGGCACCUACGGGCCCGGCUGCAACCAGCUCUGCCCGGAACAUGAAGGUAACACAACAUGCAACCCAGUGACGGGCCAGUAUUCGUGCCCCAGCGGCUACACGGGCCCGACGUGCCAGUACCCGUGCCCGCUAGGGACCUACGGCGAUGGUUGUCAGCAAAUUUGUACCUGCAAGAACGGCGCUGACUGCCAUCAUGUCUCAGGCGAAUGCCAAUGCCUGCCGGGGUGGAAGGGGCCGCAGUGCGAGGAGAGGUGCGCGGCGGGGUGGUGGGGCGCGGGGUGCUCGCAGCCGUGCCGCUGUCAGCACGACGCGCAGUGCCGGCCUAGCGACGGCUUCUGUCGCUGCCGGCCCGGCUACACCGGACACUACUGUACUCAGUUCUGCCCUGAAGGCUACUACGGCGAUCACUGCAUGGAGGCGUGCUCGUGUCCUUCUAGCGGCAACUGGGUGUGCGACCCCAUCCUGGGCUGCAUCUGUCAUAGGAAUUUCAUUGGGGAGCAUUGUGACAUCCAUGCUGCAGAUCAGAUCGUUACUAACCGGGCUGAAGCAGGGUCGUCGGCCGGGCUGACCGUGCUGAUGGUGGUGCUGGCGCUGCUGAGCGCGGCGGGCGCGGUGCUGGUGCUGCUGUACUACCGCAAGCGCGUGCGCAACCUCAAGCGGGAGAUCGCGCACGUGCACUACACCGCCGACCCCAGCAGCCAACCAGAGCAACACUUCGACAACCCAGUGUACUCGUACCAAGGGUCGACGCGUGGCGACGACGCGACCACUUUGCUCAACAACGCCAUCUUCAACAACCUCGGCAACAACAGCAAGAACAACAAUGCAACCCUCGACAAACUGCGCUCGAUGAGGGCUAGCGGCUCUACUGAUUCAUAUGAUCCGCUGUCAUCGUUGAAAAAUAAAGAUGCAGACGCGAAUAAUCCCAACCUGUAUCAUAUCAUCGAUGAUGACAAACUGGAUCACGUUUAUGAUGAAAUCAAACACAAAGAGGGAUAUGAAGGCGAAUAUGAUCAUCUCAACUACACCCCACCGGCCAACAAAUGGAAGCAAAACUACCAGAGAAUGGGUAACGGCUUUAGUGCGGGCAGCGGGCCCAUAGCGACCCCGCGCAAUGACAAGGCGACCCCGCCCAUUCCGCCGCUGCCCAAGAUGAACAUCAUCGCCCCGCAGUCCGACCCCGACACCCACAGCGUGGGCUCCACACCCCCCACCCCGCCCGAAAGAGAAGACACCCCUAAAGACCUCCCUUCCCCCCAGGUACAAGACAAAUGAUUUAGUCACAAAAUGUGUUCAAUUGCUCACAAACGGAACGAAUACGGGAGCAUCGAAACGUCAAAUGUGUAUUUUUAAAAAUCGAUCAUGACACUUAUUUUUGUAAAAUUAUUUAACACGCGGUAGUGUGGUAUUAUUAUGUAAGUGAUAUGUGAAGAAUACGGUAGUGCCAAAAACUCGAUUUAGAUAUUUUUAACAAAUUGAAAAAACCUGAAAAAGAACGACGUCGUUGUUAAUGUCGUUAUUAAUAUAUGCAUAUAAUAUGAAAAUAAGAUAACAUUUGGUCAGUAUACAAUUUCUUAUACCAUCUUUAUACAUUUAUUACGCUGGCAACAGCCAACAUAAAUAAUUUUAUUAUUAUUAUUAACUGGCUGAUAAUCUGGUACAAUUGCUUUAUGACAUGAGAUCAAAAUGAGACAUCAUUUAAAAUGGUCUAUCCAUUUGUAUAAAUUUAAUUUGAUAUAACUCUGUUCAUACUUCUGUUUAUCAUAAUAAUAUUUACGUGAAAUUAAAUUUUUGCAUAGGUAACAGUUUACAUAUUUUUUUAAGCAAAUAGUAUUGAAGCAUAACUUUCAAAAUGUUUUAUUUCACUAGUCGUGUAAUAAUUUAAACGCUCACUCUUCGCUCGAUCAAAAUUUACCAAUUAUGUAAAAAAGUCAUGAAUGAAUGCCAAAACCGAGUUAUGCAAAACAUAUACUAUGCUAAAAUAAUCUUAUGCGAAAGUACCGUUAUGCCAAAGUAUAUUAUGAUAAACAUAAUUACGCAAAGAGAUGGGAUCCGCAUUUAAAAUACACCUUAAAUACAUGUUUAUUUACAUUUCUCAAUCUCUCUUAAAAACCUAAUUUGGAAUUCAUGCUGAUAUUGACAUUGACUGGGUGCCUAUUUGUUUAAGGUAAUGGUUGUAUUCUAACAUUCUAGGUUGAGAGACUGUGUAACAUAUCUACUAAAUUGUAUAAGUUUAUGUGUAAAAAAAUAGGUUUUAUCCAUUUUACGUUCAAUAUAAUUUCUUAUCGUAAUUAAAUGAGUAGGUAUAAUUUAUUGAUAUCAGAGUACGUAUACUUCGACUAUAAAUUAUUUCUUAUGAAUAUUCUUUAUUAUUAUUAGAAUUAAAAUACAUCUUAAAUACAUGUUUAUUUACAUUUUUCAAUCUCUCUUAAAACCUAAUUUGGAAUUCAUGCUGAUAUUGAUCAUCGGCUGGGUGCCUAUUUGUUUAAGGUAAUGGUUGUAUUCUAACAUUCUAGGUUGAGAGACUGUGUAACAUAUCUACUAAAUUGUACAAGUUUAUGUGUAAAAAAAUAGGUUUUAUACAUUUUACGUUCAAUGUAAUUUCUUAUCGUAAUCAAAUGAGUAGGUAUAUUUUUAUUAAUAUCAGAGUAUGUAUAUUUCGACUAUAAAUUAUUUCUUAUGAAUAUUCUUUAUUAUUAUUAGAAUAAUGUUAGUAUAAGUAAUCUAAUUCUUGCAAAAAGUGAUUACAACUAUCGUAUAUAUGUUUUGAAUAAAUCUUUCAAAAUGAUAUUUCUCAUAUAUAAAUAAUUAAACGACUUUUAUGUACUUUUCUUUUUUCGUCUAGACGUGGGAAUGUCACUGUUUUACAUAUUUAUUGCUAUCAAUAUGAUGCUUUCUUUGAUCAUUAGCCUUAAUUUUACAUAUUUUUCAUAUUUUAUGAAUAAAUAUGUAAACGAAACGGAACCAUUCCUAUUUACGUUUAAAAUUUAUAAUCGUGUACCCUUAUCAGUACUUUUGUUAGUUUGUUUAUAUUAAAGAAAGAUUUUACGUCUUAUAUUUUUUCGUUUAUAUUAUUUACAUGAAUGUUUACCAGAUUUUAUUAUUUCUAUCAAAAUAUACUUUAUUGUAUAAAAAAUUAAGCAAUUUCACGGUUAUGCAUCUCUGUCUCGUAUAAAAAAAUGUAAACGUAUUAAAAAUAAGCUUCGUAAUAAUAUGUUUCAAAAAUAUUUAUUGUUGUUAAUAUUGUGUACGUAAACAAACACGAAGAGAUUUUGAAAUGAUUUAAAAGUUGAGAAAAAGUUUGUCUUAACAAUUUCGCUAAAACCUUUAGCCUAUUUGACGUAGAUAAUCUUAAAUUAUGUGUCUUUCCUCUAUUGUUUUUAACCUUUGUUGAAAUACCGUAAAGUUGAUAAGUUUAGCCAGAACUUCUUUUUGAAUGUCAGUCAAAAAUUAAAUAAUUUUUGACUUUUGCUGUAGUAUAAAGACCUUUAACGAUUGUAUUAAUAUUAGGGAGUCAGUAAACAAAGACAUUUUCAUAUUAGAUCAAGUUGCCUAUAUAUUUAUUACAAUAUGGGAGUGUUACCACAUUUUAUGUUUAAACAUUAGUUCAUCUUGUCGUGAAAAAUAUGACCUACAGUUAUCGUGAAUAACCUUUACAUUACGAAAACUAUUUAUUGACGGUUCUAUUAAAAUAUUAUCCUUUUCUAAUUUACUUGAAAAAUACCUUAAUUACUUCGGUAAUAUCACAACAUUUAUUUCGAUAAAAAAAUAGAGUAUAUGCUUUGUCUUGAUAUAUUUCGAAACACAAAGCCACUUGGCUUUGUCACAAUUUACAAUGCAUGCAGGCAUAAUUUUGGUCGCCGCUAGUAUACAACUAACUUAUUUUCGUAAUAAUACCAGUUAUAAAAUAAGCUAGAUGUGGUUGCCUGGCUUCGUUUAAAUUUCAUCACCAGUUGAAUAAGAUUGCUCAAUAUGCAUGUGCCAAAUAUUAAUAAACAAGCUUAGAUGUUUGAUCUCACUGAAAAAUGUUAUAGAGGUAUUGAAGUAAAAAGGAAAUUAAUAAAACAACAUAUUGAAUCUCAAAUCUUUUUGCUUGUCUGAAAGUUGAUAUAAAUUUGUAUUUUUUCUUAUUGCAUACGUUUACGUUGCAGCGUUUGAAUAGUAGAUUAAAAUGUGUGAUAAAAGGAACCCAAAGCGGUAUUUUCAAUGUAUUAAAUUUUACUCGCUUUGUUUGAAUUGGCAGCUUGUUUUAAGUUUAUUAAAUGUUCAAAAUAUACUACACGUAUGUAUUUUUUUUAAGUAUUAAAACUGACAUUUUUGUAAACACUGUCAUUUUUUAGCAUUUAACUAUCCUGAAAAUAGACGCAUUCGGUCAGAGUAUGAGUUCAGUGAAUAAAAAUUACAUUAUCUGACAAUAAAGUGCGAGAUAUAUCGACCGCCGGGGACUGGUAGAUAUAUAAAAAGGGUCAUAUAUCGUGUUAAGAUCAAAUCUUGUGAUAAAUUGUGUGUAAGAUAUUUCAAAAUAAAUGAACUAAUUACUC